AUGUUCAAUGACAUCCAACUUAGUUGUUGCCUGCCUGGCGACGACGUUAACAUGACGCUGUCAGAGUUGUAUUGGCAGGCGUAUGGGAUUUCUCGCGCCGACACCGAUGCUGGGAUCGCCACCACCAACCUAAAGGAUGGCGGUUGGACCAUCGACGUCGAGAACGUGGUGUUUGUCAGCGUCAACUUCGACCCGUGGGCAUCGGCUAGUAUCACCAACAACGCCACGGGCUUCGUCAACCUCAAGUCGCACGUCGAGCAUUCUGACGGCAUGCCCUGUGGCUGCGAUGUGUAUGCAGCUGCCCCGUCCGACCUCCUCGCGCCCCGUGCGGCCCACGACCACAUCGGCGUCGGCCAUCCACGCCUUCAUGCGUAA